GUAUAUCGCUCUAAGGGGAAAAUGAAAAACAAAAAUUCAGAGAAGCAGCAGUUGAUAUUGUCACUAGUAUAAAAAAUACAUAUAUUUAUAUAUAUAUAGAUGUGUUUCGUCACCUUUCUGACAAUUUGGUAAAUUGUCAAUACUUCGUCAUCAAAUGAAGUAUGGUGGGAAUGAACAGGCUUAUGACACUUAGUGAACUUAACCAACAGCAAUAUUGUUGGCCAUGAAUGGACCUGACUUAAGCAAAAUUACUUCUGGAUUAGAUGAGGUUUCCAUUAAAAAGCAAUUUAAUGCACAGCAACAAACAUUUCCAUGUUGGUUAAAAGCUUCCUUUGAAAGUUCUCUUCAUCGAAAUGGCCCAAGUUAUCCCUUGUCUGAUUGCCAUGUUUUUAGAGAAAACUGUCUUAGAAACAAUACACAUCAUCCCUUAUCAAUUACCCAAAUGUCCAAAUACAUUUACCAUAACCAACGAUUUUCUACCUCGCAAGAUAGUUUACAUUCCAAAACCUGUGACUCUUUAGUUAACAAAAAAUCUAUACCGUCCAGUCCCUAUUCCCGACCACUCAGUGCUAAAGAUUUUGGUCUGUAUAUGUCAGAAUCUAAUUCAAGCUUGUCUUCCUCCCGAACUUAUCCAACUAAAAGCCAUCCAGAUCCAAUUCCAUCAACAAUGGCAGCCAGUAGUAGUUUUCCUACAAAUGUCAAUUUUUUUCUUAAACCACAAAGCCUUACUUUAAAGAAUCCUAGUGCAAGUAAUGAUGUUCCUGAAAAGUAUCCUCUUAGUAAAUGUAAUAAAUCAGAAAUAACUUGCAGCUCUUCCAAAGAACUCCAACAAAUUACAUCAAGUUCUUUUUCUAAACAAUCUGCUUUUCUCUCUACAAUAUCAACAUCUUCUGUCCAGAUUUUAACUUCUGUUAAUAAGCAUAUUUCUUCAAUUCCUAAGCCUGGUUGUGGCUUCACCAAAAUUCCUGAUAUAUCUUUAAAUGUGAGAAAUUUGAGUUAUAGUCCUGCUGUUUCCUAUGUUGAAAGUCGACAAUUGCUUGCUAAUGAAAACCAUUCUAUUCAGAGUGAUAAUAGUUUCUUACAGAAAAAAAAGAUCUACACAUUUGGACAAACUGUUUAUUAUAAUAUAGCUUAUAAGCCUGAGAAAUGUUUGCCAGGAACUAAACCAUUUGCAAUGUCUGCCAACAAUAUUAAUUGUUCUCCAAAGGAGGAAUGUCUUUUAACUGAGAGAAACCUUCGUGUUCAUCAAAAAGACAUCUGCAUCCAAACCAGUGAAACAAACUGUCUUCAAGCUGCAAAUGAUGCUGGAUCAGAGAGUAGUGACAGUUUAAGAAAAGGGUUACUUGGAGAUGGGGACACUACAACAAUUAAUUCUGAAGGAGAAUCUGACGAUUCUUUGACCGAAGAAAGUGUUUCAGAUUAUGAAGAAUAUGAAGUCAGUAGCUGUAGCCUUCUAUCUAAGCAAUUACUAAGUUCUGAGUCUCAUGUUAGCCAGGAAAAAGUGUACUCUUCUUCACCCACACCAGCUAUUACUUUGUGUUCAGCUCUUACUCCCAGCUUAUUCCUGAAUGUACCACCAACUAUAAAUUUUGUUUACAGCGGAUGUAAAGUUGAAAGUCUCUCUUUGGAGAUGAAUCGCCUUUUGCGCUGGCGUCUGAGUCCUAUCACACCCCUUGUGGUAAAAUCAGCUUUAGUCAGAGCUCGCUUUAAAUUGACAAACAAACAUUAUGAUUGGAUUGGUUGUUUUGGAAAACACAUGAAAAGCCAAGCUUUUAGAGUUCUCCGGGAUUUUCAAAAACUUAAUCACUUUCCUGGAUCCUUUCAAAUAGGCCGCAAAGAUAAACUGUGGAGAAAUUUAUCUAAACUGCAGUCACAUUUUGGGAAAAAAGAAUAUGGAUUUUUUCCACAAACAUUCAUUCUUCCAACUGACCUGAAAGUUUUCAAGAAAAACUGGGAUGAUGGUGGAAAUCGAGUAAAAUGGAUAAUUAAACCUCCAGCAUCUGCUCGAGGCAAAGGCAUCAGAGUUAUUUAUAAAUGGAGCCAGAUACCUAAAAGAAGACCCAUAAUAGUUCAAAGGUAUCUGUCUCGGCCUUUCCUUAUUAAUAGUAGUAAGUUUGAUAUUCGUCUUUACAUUCUGGUAAGCUCUUUCGACCCACUUCGAAUAUACCUGUAUGAUGAUGGCCUGGUUCGAUUUGCAUCUUGCAAAUACACUACUGCUACCAGUAGUUUGAACAACCGCUGCAUACAUCUCACUAAUUAUAGUAUCAAUAAGAUGAAUCCAUCAUACUUAAAUAACAUGGGAGACAAUUUCCAAGGCCAUAAAUGGAGUUUAAAAGCUUUGUGGAGUUACUUGAAAAAACAAGGGAUUAAUAGCCAACCUAUUUGGGAAUCCAUCAAAGAUAUAAUAAUAAAGACAAUUGUAAGUGGUGAAGCUGUUGUUUGCAGUAUGACAAGAGCCAACUUGAAAUCACCUUAUUCAGUCUAUGAAUUAUUUGGCUUUGAUAUUAUCUUAGAUGAGUAUUUGAAGCCAUGGCUAUUGGAAGUCAACAUUUCACCGAGUUUGCAUUCCAAUACUCCGUUAGAUGUGAGUAUCAAAGAGCCUAUGGUAUGUGAUGUAUUGAAUAUUGCAGGUUUUCACCUACCUGCAAAAGAUGAUUUAGUAAGCAAUGUUGUGAAUAAUCACUUGGAAAAUGGUCAGUAUAAGCCUCCUAACAAACUCUGCUUGGACAAACGUCUAUACAGUACAUGCAUAUCCACUGAUGAGAAAUCAAAGCACUCUUACUAUUCUCAACACAGAUUAGAUCUGCAAAUCCAGGAGACUAUCUUAGAUAUUUUAACACCUUAUGACAUUCGAACUUUGAUUUUGACUCUUGAUGAAGAAAAGCGAUGUGGAAAUUUUGAACGAAUAUUUCCAACGAGUUCUACCACAAAAUAUUUACGUUUCUUUGAACAACCACGAUACAGCAACCUGCUGCUGGAUCAGUGGUUCACUCAAUUCCCCAAGACAAAUACACAAGGAUUGUCUCUUUUGAAGUCUCAUUGUGAAACAAAUAUCCAUUUACAGAAUCCCACAUUGGAUAUCAAACAUCAGUGGGUUCUGCCGCAAUCAGUUUGCAAUUUCCAUGCUACUAAAACUCCUUCCCCAAUUAGUAAAACUCAACAAAAGAAAACUGUUGAGAAAUCUGUUGAGAAAACUGAAAAAACAAGGUAAAAUGUGUGCCUUCUAAAUCAUGAUAAAUCCUAAUUGUUGAUCUCGAAAAGCUCAAUUACAAGUCAUGACCAGCUAUUAAACAUUUAAUUUUGACUACGUAAUUUUGAAAGAUUUUGUAAAUUUUUGAAAGCAAGUAUAUUCAUUUUACAUCUGCCAAUAUUUAAAUUGUGAAAAA